GUACCCGACUCCCCGGUAAAAGAAAAACAGCUCCGAGGCACACUGCCUUGACGGCUUAUAUACCCACAUUUUUUCUGCGCUCACAAGUGUGCAUGGAGGGAGGAAGAGGGAGUAAGAGGACGGGGGGCAUCACUCUUAACUGGGAGGUCUUAUUACCCGAACGCGAAGACGAACCCCCACCGGAGCUGGUUGUAACCUCUACGGCAGCGCUAAAACCGCAAUUGACGGUGAUGGACGAGGAUGAAUGUCGGGACGACUUCAGGAAAUUGUCGGAUGAAGAGCUCAAGGUUAAGAUUGCGAGAAUGAAUUGUCUUCUAUCUAACGGUGCCGCCAAAAAUCUGGGUGAUGGUGGUGAAAAGCUUAGAUUACGUAUCAACCGGCUCGAGGAUGAACAGGAGCGGAGGAAACGUGAGCUCCAGCAUAAGGUAGGACAUCGAUGAAGGAAAAGAGCAUACUCACAACUCUGCAGGUGUAUCUACUGGCUUCAAGCAAUCAGCUCCAUCAUCUUCCACACCACCUUCACAAUCUUCAUUUGCUUCCCGUUUUACAAAGAACAUAAAAACAACAGGAAACCAUAUUGCCUUUGAACAAGAAAUGUAUACUAUGAAUCCCUGUGGCAAUAGAGAGACACGCAAAAGGCAGAUUUCACCAAGGAGAAGACAAGAGAGAGGGCUCUCUUCUCGUAAAGCACAUAGUCUGCAGCUAUCAAAUGCUGGUUCAAAAAGAAGUAUUUCUUCUGCUACUUCACUCUCUGAGGGACUCUUCUAUGGCAGUGUUACAAAGAAAAAUUCUUCUGAUGUCCAAUGCUCAGAUGGUCCAAGCUGUAAAAAUAUAAAGGAAUGUUGUGGUAGAUUGACGGCAUCAUAAAACCCAGUCACAACUAUGGACAUGAACCAUCAUGAAAAUUUUGCAGGGGUGAGACAGUUGUUCUUCUGGAUGAAGAGGAGCAUGAGGCUGAACAGAUGGACCAAUUAGACUUUAUGGAUGAAUGCACAAAAGAUAUGAAGCUAUACUAUCCUUCUAGAGAUGACCCAGAUCCAAUUCAGCUUUGCUAUUCAGACAUGGAUUGCCUUGCUCCUGAAGUUUAUUUGUCAUCAACUAUGAUGAACUUUUACAUCAGAUAUCUGCAGCAGACAAGGUCUCUACUAGAUAAUGGAGGAUGCAACUAUCAUUUUUUCAAUACAUAUUUUUAUAGCAAGCUUAAAGAGGCUGUGCUGAAAAAGAAUGACAGGGAGUCUUCCUUUGUAAAGUUAAGAAGAUGGUGGAAAGGCAUAAAUCUAUUUGAGAAAGCAUACAUAUUUUUACCAAUUCAUGAAAGUCUUCACUGGAGCUUGGUAAUUAUCUGCAUACCAGAUAAGGAGGAUGAAUGUGGACCCAUCAUACUUCAUUUAGAUUCAUUAACGUUGCAUUAUAGCAAGCCAAUUUUCAGUAACACUAAGAGAUUUUUAGUAGAAGAGUGGAAAAUCUUGAAAGAUGAAGGACAAUGUUUACCCAUUGCAGAUAACGUAUGGAAUAUGCUCCCUUCUAGGAUUGAGAACGAAGAAAUUGAGGUUCCUCAACAAAAGAAUGACUAUGACUGCGGUCCUUUUGUGCUUUUCUUUAUUGAACGAUUCAUCCGUGAAGUUCCUGAAAGACUGAAAAGGAAGGAUCUAGCGAUGUUUGGAAAGGAUUGGUUUAAGCCUCAAGAAGCUUCUAAGUUGAGGCGAAGACUCAAAAGCUUACUUGCGGAGGAAUUCAGAAAAGCUGCUAAGGAACUGAAGAAACAAGAAUGCGAAGCCAUUGUCUAACAUUCUUUGGAUCCUAAGCCUCUUCCCAUCUACAAACAGGUUUUAACACUGGUAGAUAAUCGGUAGCUGGUCGUGGACAUGUGGUUUGCCUUGGAUGGCAACACCAUGGAUACACUAAUAAACUGGAGACUUUUGGAGUUGCUGUAUAUAGGACUGACAUUUUUGGACCAUAAACGGCAAAGAAUUGGAAUAUAUGCCGUCUGUCCAUUCCCUGAAGGUAAAUAUAACUGAGAUAUGAAGGGGGUCUAAUUGUGAUCACUUAUCAGUAUAUGCUCUCUUUUAGUCGAAUAGCUGACUAGGCCAUUGUUUAACACCCAAGCAUCCUUUUUAUGGACGUUUGUUUACUAUUGGACAUAUGUAUGAUUCGUUUUUCGGACAAUCUAGUUGUAUACUUGUAUAUGCUAAAUCUGCCGAUUGAUGGGAAAUUAUUGCAAUCUUGUGAAAGUUUUUA